GUGUGCGUAUGUUUUUUUUUUUUUACAUUGUACCAAAUGUCCCCACAAUUAAAGUGAACCACCUAUGUAUGUAAUUUUGAUAACAGGGAAGGAACCAAAGGAAACAAAAUGCAAAGUCACCAUGGAGAAAUUGUUUGAUCUGAAUACUAAGAUACUCCAACAAAUUCAAAUGCUGGAACAGAGACAAGCUGUCAUCAUGAAUGACUUGGCCAAAGUUAAGUCUGUUCUCAUGAAGCGGGCAGAAGAAGAUGACCAUGAGGAACUUUUUAAACAACAACAGUGCUCCAGCUUUGAAAUGUUUGAAGCCUUCUGUCAGAGGCUUGAAGAAGACAAAAAUUAUCGAGAGCUUUAUGUACACUAUCUCAUCCAUACUCACGGCAGCUCCAAUAUAGGUGAGAUGGUGAGACAGGCUUUAAAAAGCAUAGCGUCAGACAAUGUUCUCUGUCUGUAUAACAGAACGGGGAAAGAUGGGAAGAAGGUGUUGCCACCUGUGCUCCUGACAUGUUUGAAAAAAUGUGUCAGGUCUUUUCACAAACAAAAUGAAAUAGAGGUGAAGAAGCUAAAAGUAACCACCAGAACAACACCAGACGCGGAAUGUAUUCGCCAAGUAGAAAUUUUUUUGUCCAACGCCAACACCAGGCUGAAAAGGAAACCAAAUAAAGGAAAAAUCUGACUUUUUGUUUGAUUGUUUUGAUUGAUGGAAAUAAAGAAUGUGGGUGUAAAA